ACAGGCAACAGUCUUGUCAAAUCACAACGGGGGUGACGCACAGGCGGAGGACGUACGUGAAAAUCCUCCGAGGACUUUUUUUAACGUCUAAAAGUCACGGUUUUUGCGAUGUAUCGGUGUGGAAAUUCAUAAAUGUCUGGAUUAUGAAGCGUUGUUACAGUUAGCUAACGUCUUGUAGGCGUUUGGACCAACUAAUGUACUGAAAAGUACGUUUUAUGCGCCGCUAACCAACCGAGGACUACAUUAAAGGGAUUUUACCGUCUAAUUUUUUAUUCUUUGAAAAAAAUAUAUAAUAAAAAGUAGCGGUCCACUGAUUUGGAAGCUGCUAACGUGUACAUAAAUAACCAGGAUAUAACCACUUUUCUUUUUAUUAACUCCACCUUGUUUGAAUUCACCAUGCUGGCGAACACGACGCUUUACGCAGCGAAGAAACGGAAGAAGCCGGUCCAGAAAGUACCCAAAUCCUCAGCCCCCGAUGGCACCAAAUCCAACCCGUCCAAGCGCCACCGCGACCGGCUCAACGGCGAGCUGGACAAGCUCACCAGCCUGCUGCCGUUCACCGAGGAGGUCCGGGCUCGGCUGGACAAGCUGUCGGUGCUCCGCCUCAGCGUCGGCUACCUAAAGGUCAAGAGCUUCUUCAACGCCACCAUGAAGAAAGGCCAGAACGGCUCCAGCGGUUCCAGCGAGCGAAACCCCAUGUUCGGAGAAAACGUCCAGACUCCGUCCGCCGCCGCCGCCGCCUGCUCUUCCUCUUCCUCUUCCUCUUCCUCGCUCGCCCCUUCCAGCGAGGUGACGUCCAUCGACGGAGUCCGGUUCAGCGAGGGAGACCUGCUGCUUCAGGCGCUGAAUGGCUUUGUGUUGGUGGUGACGGCUGAAGGGUACGUCUUCUACACAACGCCCACAAUCCAGGACUUCCUCGGCUUCCACGAGUCGGACGUCGUCCAUCAGAGCGUGUUCGAGUUGAUCCACACAGACGACCGAGCUCUCUUCAGACGGCAGCUUCACUUCUCUCUCAACCCGAACACCGUCCACAAAGAUGGCACCGCAGUGAGUCCCAGUGAGCAGAGCUCGGCGGGGAUCAGCAGCAACGUGGUGACCUACGACCCCCAGGCCAUGCCGCCAGAGAACUCCUCCUUCCUGGAGAGAAACUUCAGCUGCCGCUUCCGCUGCCUGCUGGACAACUCCUCCGGCUUCCUGGCCCUGAACUUCCACGGCUGCCUGAAGUUUGUUCACGGUCAGCACCGCGUGUCCGAGGACGGGACGCUGAUACCCCCGCAGCUCGCUCUGUUCUCCAUCGCCACGCCGAUGCAGCCGCCGUCCAUCCUGGAGAUCCGCACCAAGACGCUCCUCUUCCAGACCAAACACAAGCUGGACUUCACGCCCUUGAGCAUCGACAGCAGAGGGAAGGUGGUUCUGGGUUACAGUGAAGUGGAGCUGCGUAUGAAAGGUUCAGGCUACCACUUCAUCCACGCCGCAGACAUGAUGUACUGCGCCGAAAACCACUUAAGAAUGAUGAAAACCGGAGAGAGCGGCUUCACGAUUUUCAGGCUUCUGAGCAAAUCAAGGAAGUGGGUCUGGGUCCAGGCCAGCGCCAGGUUGGUCUUUAAAGAGGGGAGACCAGAUUUUGUCAUGGUCCGGCAGAAGGUUUUGACAAACGAAGAUGGGGAAGAGCAGCUACGCCUCCGUCGGCAGCAGUUACCGUUCAACUUUGCCACCGGAGAGGCGUUGCUUUACGACAUCGCUCCAACCGUCGACAUCCCCGACCCCUGCUCCGCCCCCAAGCAGAGGAAGUUGGACAACUACACCGUCAGCCCCGACUCCAUCCUCGGCUGCAUGCUAAGUCAGGACCAAUCCAUCUACUGUGAACACAAUGACACCCUCAACUCCCUUAACGACACCGCGUUCAAGGACACCCACGCCACAGUCAGCGUUCCCGGAGACCUCUGGCAGCUUACUUCGCCCAAACCUGCCAUGGGGAGCCUGGUGAAGUCCGAGGGCACCGUUCAGGACAUGAUGGAGACCCUGCAGCAGAUCCUCGGGGACAGUGACCUUUGCAACACCGUGGAUGUGGAGCCUGAAGAGCUCAAGAGCUGGGAGAGCACCCUGUUGAAGAUAAGCAACAACAGCUGCGAGAUAAACGAAGAGCUGGACCACAUUCUCAGCAACGACAUCCUGUCGUACGUAGAGGAGCAGCUCCAGAAGGAGGGCGGAUUCAAGCUGCCAGAUCAGCUGAAUGAAAUACCAUCCUGCCUUUCCACUUUGGACCUCCAGAACCAGAUUCCUGGCCAGGCUGGGGUUCAGAACUUCGGCUGGCCUCUGGAGCCCCAGAACCAGCUGAUACCAAAUGAAGGGCAGAUGGUAACCGGACAACCGACUCCAGUCGUGGGAAUGAUGAAACUGACUCACAUGGAUCUUCCACAGUUGAGUUCUGGUUUAAACGGUCCAACCCUUCAGCAGAUCGCUUCACAACAAACGGUCCCCACUUCUGCUGGUCUUCAAAUGGGAACCACAGGCAACACUGGCGCUCCAGUUACCUUCAACCCCUCGGUGGGGGCUAAAACACAGAACCAACUGAAAAAAAGACAGUUAAAUCCCAUGUUCAGCUUCCAGGGCAACCAGUGGACCUCUUCUGUCCCCAACUCAAACCAAGCCGACAGCUUUGUUGAAACCUAUGCCCCAAACAUUUCAAACGAACCAGGUUUUGCUGCUGAUCCUUCCUUGUCAAGUUGCCCACAGGGCCACUUUGCACUUCAGACACAAACAAAUGACAACCAGAGACAGUCUUGGCUGCUGGAACAGCAGCUGAUCUCAAGCGGACACCAGGGUGCCUGCCUCAGCCAAAUGUCAGGAUUUCAAAGGAAUCCUCUUCCUGGGGUCACCAUGGCCCAGAAAGCUGUCAACAGCAGACCAACGUUCAGAGCUUCAGAGACUUCAAAUGUACCGUUUCCCGUCCAGCAGGUCAUGGAGCCGCCUCUUGCGUCUUCAAGCAGUUGUAUGUUCAGAAAUGCCCCCGCCUCCGUGCCUGUAAACGGAGUGAACCUCGGUCAGACGCCCUCAUGCCAGAGACCGGACAACGCCAGCCAACAGAUUCCUUCCAAGCUGUCCUGCUUCUAUCAGGGUCUCCCUGGAAGUGGAUCCGUGCCGGUGAGGACGUCCGUCCCUGAGCCUGAUGGGGCAGCGCUGUCCUGCCAAAUAACGGCCGGUCUCGACAUGGACAACCUGCUGUUCAGUGAACAGACGCAGAUCAACAGCUGUCCUGUCGACGGAAACGGUUUCCCCUUCUCCUCGCUCCCCAAUGGAACCGCAUACUACUCAGAGAGCAAAUAGGAAUCAGGCGCUGUGGGAUCCCCAGCCGGGACUGAACCGGCGGUUUAAAGGAAGCAAAAGGACUCUAGCUCUAAACACGGAAGAGGAUCAGACUGAAGAACAGACCUAUUCCUGAGGAAAGGACGAAGAGACUCUCUCCUUUUCUCUUUUUUCUUCUUAUUCGGAAACAGCAAUGGACGCUUUAAGUGUUUGGUUCAGGGUGGCCGGUCUUUGAGGAAGAGAAGAAAAGGAAAACGUAUGGUCCCAUCUUCGGAGCUGGUUGGUUAACAAACAACGAAAAAGGUUAACGGAUGAUCUGAAUCAAUCAAUCAAGAUGGAGACAAUUUUUAACCGCUGGUAAAAGUCCUUGUUUUUCUGCCACGUUGAUGGAUGAAGGUUUGGCUCCAGCCGCCCCGGUGUCGUCACUCAUCGUCAGCCAAUCAAGCGCUGUGCUGCGCUGCUCUUUAUCUUUAGUCCCAGGGUUCAACAUUAAGGCAAAACACCAUCGGGCAAGUAACCAUAGCAACCUAUUUGUCCAUUUGGGCGUCAUUGUAUCAUAAAAGACAUCAUUUUAAAAAUUCUGUUGGCAUUAAGGCCUUCAUUGUGACAGCUUAGAAAUAUAAGGACAGAGAGAAUGACGUGCAGGAAAUUGCUGCAGGACUGAAUCCAACCCACAGCCACGAGGACUGAGCCUCUAUGUAUGGGCGCCUGCUCUACCACUGGGCCACCCAGGCACCCUCGGAGAAUGCUUGCUGAAUGCGCCGUUGGCCAAUCAAGAAUUGAGUUGGUGACUUAGAAGUUUAUUUGCAACAUUUACGUUUAUUUUUUUAUUUUCUUUACAUUUUCUUUGACAUUUGGCUCUACUUUCAAUAUGGGUAUUUUUUUCCCACACUUUUUUCCGACACUUUACACGUUUCUAUUUUCAAAACGGGAAAAACAACAAUUUGUAUUGCAGCCAGUUAAAAUUAAGUCAAAAACAACCAAAACCUUAACGUUGAACCCUGCAGUCCUCAUUGUUGAAGCCUUAUCUCUUGUAAAAACCCACACAGACUGUACAAAAAACACAGACAACGCCUUAAAAUCGGACUUUUUGUUUAGGUUCCGAGCACGCACUUUCCAAGCUGCAGCGGGCUUUCCCCCCCCCCCCCCCCCCCCCCCCCCAGUGGUUAGAAAUGGUGCUAGGUGUAAACCGAGCCCUGGGUAUCCCGUUCUGCCUUUGAGAAAAUGAGCCGAUUUGAAAUCUUGCUCCUGAUGAGGUCAUAAGGGGCAAGGUUACCUCCCCUUUCUCUGCUUAGCCCGCCCAGAGAAUUAGGCCUUUCCCCUGAAAUAUAGAAGUGUCUUUGACCAUGCAAAGUCUAUGGGAACAGUCUUUGUGGGCCAGAGGGUUGUCAGAUGUUACAGUUCCACCACUGGCUGCCGUUGGUGGACAACGCGUGCUUGCCGCUGCUAGGGCUAGAAACUAACAACAACGUAGCGAUCGUCUCCCACAGACUGGGGAAAAUAUCAGCGGGUGUACGGCGUAUACGGCGUAUCACAUAGGCCACGCCACUGCCUCCCACACGGCGGACGAGACCUGUAUGUUUGACCCUGAAUGAAAGUUCAAAAAAGAAAGACUUACUUCCUGCCGAUGCUCCGCUGUCUCCGACGCACAAAAACACAAUACUCUCUAAAUAUCUCUUUUCUAUUUUGGAAGGAUAAAAUAUAUCUUAACUUGUUUCUGCUGUUUUUGUCCUUUUAAAAAUUGUAUCUCAGUCGCAUUCAUUUUUUCUUCCAUUGAGGGAGAUAGGGUAUAUAAAAAGAAAUUUAAAAAAAACGCACAACCAAAUGACAUCAUUAUCCCACUAAAAGAGGGCUUUUACCAUUUAAAGAUGAUGCUGCUUGUGUUAUGUAUAUUUUUUAAAGCAUUCAGUCAGAGCUUCUUUUUUUAAUCACUGAGCCAGUCCUAUAUUUGUCUUUUCCGUAAUAUUUCUGUCUUGUUGUUUUCCUGUUGUAGGGAGAAAGAAAGAAAAAAUAUAGAAUCUGACAGAAAGCUCAGUCUUUUUACAUCUUAAAACAUUUCCACUGGGAAUAUUUGCUUAAAAAAACAAUGCAGUGAAAAUGUAACAUUUGAUACAAACCAAAAGUGCCCUUUCCUUAACUUCGUCAGAGCCAAUUUGUGAGAUAACGUUUCUUUAAAGUGUUGCCAAAGCAUAGCGAAGAGAAAAGAAUUCAUAAAGAGCUUUCGUUACAAAAAGGGAAGUGUGUUGAUACCAAAAUUAGGAUGGUUUAGUACUCUGCAUAUAGGUAUAGAAUCAUAAACUCGUUACUGUGUCUUAUUUGAAAACAAUCAACUUAAAGUAAUAAUAAUAAUCUUACAUUUUACAUAAGAUUUUGCUUUUUAAUAGGCCUAGACUGAGAGUCAAUGCCGAGCAGAACCACCUAACAUUUCGGUGUUUAAAAAAAAACAAAAAAUUCAAUUUUUUUUGAGUUGAACAUGAAACUAAAGCUGGCGAUUAAAGACCAGGAUGUUAAUCAGACUCUCUGUAGCGUGCUGAGAUGCGAGAGUGGAGCCUUAAGUCAUAUUUCCAUCUCUUUUCUCUUUUCCGGCUUCUGUCUUUGUCUAAUUAUUUAUCGGCGUUUUUGCAUCGCACAAAUCGAAAAACCAAAAACAAAAGGUUUAUAGGCAGCUAUUGUGUAUUUAAAACACGGAAGAAAAAAAUGGGGAAAGAACCUUUUUAAAGGUCUGUUUAUUUAACCCUCCUUUUGUCUUUGGGUCAAAUUUGACCCAUUUUCAACAAGUCUACAUCAAAAAUGUGGGUUUCUCUCAACUAAUUGUCCAAGAAACAAAAAAGAAAACGUGGAUGGUUCAUACAAUGCUCUUUAGUAGAAAAAAAAAAAAAGAUCAGCUGAAUACUUUCAAUUAAUUUGGGUAUUAUUAGAUUUUAUGACAUUUGAAAAAAAAAUGAUAGAAGGUUGAAAAAAUGCUUCAAAAACAUGGGGAAAGAAACAAGAAAAA